CACGUGAAUUUAACCGCAAAACGAGACAACCGCGUUGUAAUAAUAAUCGAAAUAACGCCGAACAGUAAUUGCAAUUUAGUUGUGUUUUGUUGUUAUAGACUCGUGCGAGGGGGAAAGGCAGCGGGCAGCAGGCUUCAAACCGCCCGCCGAGCCGUUUACCCAUCCUCCCUCGGUGUUUUGGCGCCAAGUUUAAAUCCCCGAAUAAACGUUUAUAAUCGGGCGCGAGCGGGAAAAACGCGGACUCGUCCUAAAAACGGAGAACAUUGCGGAGACGAUACGACGACGGGGUGAAAGUGUGUGGUGACAUUUGUUUUCUCUCCUUUUUCUUCCCUCUGACGACAAACAUGCCUGCGACGUUGGGACUGGAUUUUUGGGACAUCUAAAAUCAUAAGGGGAAUGGAUUUUCAGAGCGCUAUGGAGACCUUCGCCGAGGCUUGGGUGGCCGCUAAUACGAAACCUGAUCAAGUUCAGAGCCAGGCGUUAGCGUUGACGCACAAAGCUUCGCCUCCGUCGAGACCCUGCAGCGUUUCGUCACUGCCGAAGAGCCCGCAGUCCCAUCAGUCCCAUCAGUCCCAGCCACACAACACACCGCAGCCCUCGAUUGCUCACCAGUCCCAAACGCCCCUGAGCACGCCGCAGACUCCGUUCUCGGCCCACAGCCAGCAUCCCAAACCGGAAGUCAACGCCAGUCCGAAACAGGAAGGUUUCGAUCUCAGCAAAAGCGCUACCGGCAAAAGUCUUCCGGUACACUGCGUCGUAGAAGCCAUUCAUAGCAUCGUCGAGAGUCGCGUCAGCAGUGGACGAGAGAAUUGGCGACGCCCUCAGGUGGAGACUGAUUCUUACGUAAUCAUUCCAGCGGCAACAGCUUUUCAGGAUCUGGUUGGCGUGGCACUGGUCAGAUUGGGUUAUCCUGCCGAUCUGACGCCCAGCGCCCGCGGGAGCAUCGUGAUAAGGAACUGGAAGCCACUGCCCCUGGAGAAGGUGGCUGAUGGACCGCUGUUGACGGUCGGCGACAUCCUCGCCGAAUUGACAACCGUUGCCACCCUCAGGAUACAAGUCUAUCGCUCCAGGCCGCCACCCCCAAGUCCAGCGGCGGAAGUCAGGAGCAAGCUUUUGAGGCUUUUGCUGCUCCACAGUCACGCGCUUCUCAUAUCCGCCGGCUGCCCCCUGGACGAGAUGACGCUUUCAUCCCUUUGCGGAGGCGGCAACGAUCUCUCCGAAGAAACGAGGCGGAGCUUCGAGUCAUGGCUUCAACAGCAGCAGCUUGGCCUUGGAUUGAACCCCAUGAUGCCGUCGGGUAACCACCACCCCCAGAGUCCGCAACCGGAAAUCGGCCCCAUGGGCCCCGGGGGCCCGAUCGGUCCGCCGCACCCCUCGAUGAUGCCGUUUUCCCACAAAACCCGAAUGCGAACAAGCUUCGACCCCGAGCUUGAACUGCCGCGGUUGCAGCGGUGGUUCGGUGAGAAUCAACACCCCUCGCGUCAGCAGAUCCAGCACUACGUCUCUGAGCUUAAUUCUCUCGAGUCGAGGAGAGGCCGGAAACUCCUCGACGUCAACAACGUCGUCUACUGGUUCAAGAACGCCAGGGCUGCCCAGAAACGGGCCGAAACCAGGAGCGUCAACGGAUACAGUCCUCCGGGACUCAGUCCUCGGGGUGCCAGCAUGGUCAGCGAGGACUGCAGCGACGAGGAGGACGACUCUAGACAGCAGUCGACUUCUCCAUCGCCCUGCCCGCCACCCAGCCCUCCGGUCGGCCCUUUGUCCUUGACGACGCGGCCGGAAGACCAGCAACCGCCAUCUUCGACGCCGUCCUCGGUGAAGCAGGAGGACGCUAGGGCCUCCUCCGGGUCCGAAGACGAGGAGCCUCACCCGACGGGCCCCAUCCCCUCCGGCUUCCCCCUCGUCCCCAGCCCCAUGUUUGGGCACAGCAUAAUGUAUAUGCACUACCUUCCGCCUCGGGGUCCCACCGGGUGCCCCGCCAGCCUCCUUGACGAGAGGAGGAAACGGAACAGGACUUUCAUCGAUCCCGUCACCGAGGUCCCAAGACUGGAGGGGUGGUUCACCCUCAAUACUCACCCUAGCCACGCGCUGAUACUAAAAUACACUGAAGAAUUGAAUCGGAUGCCGUAUCGCCAGAAGUUUCCCCGUCUGGAGCCGAAGAAUGUACAAUUUUGGUUCAAGAAUCGCCGAGCCAAGUGUAAACGCUUGAAAAUGGCACUGUUCGAGGGUGAAUCUCCGCAGCCGCAUCCAUACCAUGCCGAUUAGUUAAUUGGAUCAUUUUAAUCGUGUACUGUAUAUUACGAUAUUAUAUAUAAUAUGAAAAAAAAAACAAAAAGAA